GUUGUUGUUCUGUAUUGAGUCCUAACGAGAUUCUUCCUUUUGCAGCUGGUAGGAGGAGGAGGAGGAGAGUACCAGUGCCCAGAAUUCAGCUUGCCAUGUGGGAUUUUGGGCAAUGUGAUGCAAAAAGGUGCACGGGACGGAAACUUUCGAGAUUUGGCUUGAUAAAAGAGCUGCGCGUGAAUAGUGGGUUUGGUGGCAUUGCUUUGAGUCCUGUUGGGAAACAGUGUGUCUCAAAAGAAGACUACAACUUAAUCAAGAGGAAAGGAUUGGCUGUUGUUGACUGUUCGUGGGCACGCUUGAGUGAUGUACCAUUCAUAAAACUGCGGUGUUCUUCUCCACGCCUUUUACCAUGGCUUGUAGCAGCUAAUCCAGUAAAUUAUGGUCGACCGUGUCAGCUAUCUUGUGUUGAGGCAUUGUCUGCCGCUCUCAUAAUAUGUGGAGAAGAGGAAACUGCAAAUUUGUUGCUGGGAAAGUUCAAGUGGGGUCAUGCUUUUCUUUCUCUGAAUAGGGAACUUCUCAAAGCAUACUCUCAAUGUGAAAGUGGUGCUGAUAUUAUUUCGGUCCAAAAUUCAUGGCUUUCCCAACAGAAUGAAAUUCCAAAGGUCCCAGCCGAAAUAGAGGGGACAGCCACGGAAUCCCACGACGAGGACGAGGACGAGGACAAGGACUCGUGCGAUUCUGAAGAUGGGCUUCCACCUCUUGAGAGGAAUAUGAAUCACUUAGUCCUCGAGGACAGUGAAGACGAGAGCGAGUAGCUGUUGUUGACUAUGGUCCGUCUGUGCUUUCACUGCAACAGUCUUCCGACUUUCUUUUCACCGUUUUGGGCGGCUUCUGCUCUGUAUAUGAAGAAGUUUUAAUAUGCAGGUUUGGUAGGAUCAGCUUUCAUGUCACAGCAGGACGUUUCUGUGCUUGAAUUGGUUGAGUGUUGUAGCUUUCAUUAUGGUUCUGUAUUUACUGGUAUGAGGCUUGCAGAUGGAGUGAAGGCAGCCAUUUAGUAUUCUACUUGCGGACCAUGUUGAGCUGCUCCCUGCCACGCAGCAGUUAUUUGCGUAGAUUGUUCGAAACCUUUGUGCAUCUGCCGGCGAGUGCGCUCGAUGGAGAAAAGAAAAGGCAUGGGAGUGAGUAGGAUUUCUGCUCAGGUGAAGAAAUCUUGCAAAAGUUUCUUGUCCAAAACACAUUGUGAAUUCUCCUUUUCCGUCUCUUGUGCACCCAUGUAAGGCACUUUGCUACUGAGAGUAGAGAGAGGAUUGAGUGGAUUUCGACCUUUUACACACACAUAUCCAGAGAAGCUAUCCAUACUAAAAUGCUUUGAGGUUGUCGGGGCUGCGGUCUCAUUCUGAUUCAUUCGGAGGAUCGGAAAAGGUUAAGGCCAAUAAGGUGGAAUUGUAAAAGUCCCAGAUCUAUUGCAUGAAGGCUGAUUUAAUUCUAAAA